AUGAUUUUCGAUGUGACUACGAGCCCGACUGCGGUGAUGCCAGUGAUGAGGAGAAUUGCGGUUAAAGAUUAUCUCAAGAACUUCGAAUUGAUUGGAACACUCAAAAUUGCGGAUAAAAUUACCGAAAUCUGGACAUACAUACCACAUGUGCAAGGAGUACGUCUGAAAUUAUUAAAGAACUACAAUAUACGUAUUCGAUAG